AUGUGCAGUUCGACGAACAUCAAUGCGAGCGGCAACAGCUCCGUUGCGACAGGCGGCAGCCACAUUGUUCAUCACGGUUCUUACGACCAAAGCGGUGUGAUAAACGGCAGCGGUACCGUCAGCGGCGGCGGCGCCGGCAGCAUCAACACCAACAUCAACUUCACCCUCGUCGCUGGCAUCCUCCUCGUUGGGGGGACGCUUUUGGGCCUCUACGUGGCACUGCGCCAGAACCACCAGCACGCCCCCGCCGAGAACGUGUCUGUCUCCCCCUCCUUCUCCUGGUUCUCCUCCUGGAGGAAGUGA